AUGGCUGAUAUAUCACUGUAUCUCACUAACGUUAACGUGUCCAUAGCACAGAGCAUGGAUGUGCAGCAGAGUCCAAAUGCAGCCAAGGACUUUGAGAGUGUGGAGCUGGGGGAGCUGGACAAGAGGGAAGAUCAGCAGGAGGAGCAGCAGAGGGAGAAGGUUCCUCGAAGGAUCAUCCAUUUCUCCAGUGGGGAGACCAUGGAGGAGUACAGCACCGAUGAGGAGGAGGAAGAAGACAAGGAGCCGGAGAGGAAAGACCUGCUGUCCUCCCCGGUCGAUGCGGUGAGGUCAAAGAUGACCUGGGGUCCUUACUUCUGGUUCCACAUGUGGAGAGCUGCUACAUCCACCAUCUCAGCAUGUGAUUACCUGGGGGAGAGGAUGGCCUCCCUCUUCGGGAUAACGUCAGCCAAAUAUCAGUAUGCCAUCGAUGAGUACUACAGGAUGAAGAAAGAGCGAGAAGAAGAGAGGGAGGAAAACUGUUUGUCAGAAGAGGCAGAACGAACCUUUGACCAGCUACCAUCUCAGGAAAUCGAGGACGAGCCAAUCACCAUGCCAGAACAGCCAAAUGUAGCCGCCGCUCACACUGAUGUGACCUAUCAGAUCGAGAAUGAAAAUAAGGCACAUUCAAACACCAUCAGAGUUCCUGCUAUCGUCACGGCAAACUAACCAUUCCUAGAAAUGGACGUCUUGCGCUUU